AUGCCGAUUAUUCCCGACUUCAAGCUGCCGGACGAUGCAAGCGCCCUAGGGCGUAAUACGGCAAAUUCCACAGCCCCCUUUUUCAUUACAUUCACCACAUCAGACCAUCCUAAUACGGGAGAGUCGUGGUGCCCCGAUGUCCGAGCCGCUCUUCCUCACAUCAUAGCCGCCUUCUCGCCUGUAAGCGCGCCGGAGAUGGCCUUCGUUGAAGUAGGGCAGCGGCCUGAGUGGAAAGUCCCUACAAAUGUGUUUCGAACCAAGUGGAACGUCACCAAUGUGCCGACGAUUGUUCGCUAUGAGCUUUCAGAUGGCGAAGUAAAAGAGACGGCUAGACUGGUAGAGGGCGAGAUCCUGGAUGAGAAGCGGCUGAGACUAUUGAUCAGCAAGAACUCAUGA